CGGUAGGCGGGGUUACCGGUGCUCGAGGCCGGCAUCGCGCGACUGCGCAGGCGCCAGAGGGUGGUACCACAGCGGUUGUGACAUGGGGGGGCGCGGAGGAGACGCCGGAAGUAGCAGUGGUACGGGUCCGAGUAGGGGGUAUUCGCCACCGGCCGCGACAACCCGCGCGGCGGCCAGAGCGAAGGCCCGAGGGGGUGGGCGUGGCGGCCGCCCGAACACAGGCCCCUCGUUUCGCUCUUCGCGCGGGGCGGCGCCUCGUCGCUCUCCACCAGCAAAGAUGAGCGAGCGCCUCCGCCCCAGGAAAAGGAGAAGGAAUGGCAAUGAAGAAGAUAACCAUCUCCCUCCACAGAACAAAAGGAGUAGUAGAAACCCUGUCUUUCAGGAUUCCUGGGACACUGAGUCUUCGAGCAGUGACAGUGGCGGGAGCAGCAGCAGCAGCACCAGCAUCCACAGUCCAGACCGGGCCAGUGGGCCAGAGAGCGGCUUAAGCCAGGUCAUCCCCGGAUCCAGUCCCAACACCCCUCAGCCCAUGUCUGAGCGGGCUGCACUGUGCCACGGCCCUUAUUUCCACAUCAACCAGACGCUGAAGGAGGCCCACUUUCACAGCCUGCAGCACCGAGGACGGCCUCUGACAUGAUGCACCAGAAGUUUCUUGCCUUCUGUGAAGGGACAGUGCUGUGCAGAUUUGAUAUUUCAACUUAAGAUUUGUUCUGAAAAAUUGCACACAAAAAACCUGCCUGUUGGCUUUUCAGUCUAUUUGAAAUAACAAGUUAACAGGCAAUUGUUUACUUGUGGUUCUGCUGCACUAUUGCAAUUUCAAAGGGGCUUUGAAGCAAUUUUUUAUAGGAUUAUUUUGAGGGAGACUAUCCAAUCCAUGUCACGGUAGUGGUGUGAGGAAGUUUCAUCUGUGUGUCACAUCCAUAGUGUGUCCAGUUCAGACUGAUUUCCCAAGCUGUCACUUAGAAGCUCUACUUUAUGUAAAAGGGCCUUUUAAAAAUGGGGGAUCUUCAAUUUUUUUAAUUAAAUAAACCAGUGAAGAGUAUCUAGUUUCCAUGAAAAGAUGUUUUUUCCAAAAGAUAGGAAGCUUGAUUCAGUCUUGCACUGAAGUUAAUUGCCAUACUACCUCUUAGUAGAUAAGACCUCCUAUGGAAAGUACACUGUCCAUUUGAACAGAACAAUCAGAUCUAAUUUACUGUGGAAGUGAAGCACCCUCUCUACUGAUGGUCUCCACUCUUUGUUAUAUAUUUGUACUUCCAGGGAGAAUGUCCUUCAGACUCUUGUAUAGCCAGAUAACUUCUGUAUUACUUUUCCUCCAGAGUCUGUAGCUCAGACUUUAGUAGAAAAUACUGCACAGCUCUGCAAGUCAAUGAAUAUGUGACAACUCUUUGUCCUACUUACAAGCUUGUCAGUUGUGUCAUCAGCUCGUGAUCUCACAUCAUUCCAUUGUAGUGUCAAUAGCAGGGGCAUAGAUGUACGCUGACACAGCAUAAGCUAGCUGAGCUCAUGUCCACAGUACCAAACAAUGGAACUACUGGGUGAGGAUUAGCUUUGUGGAAAGUCACCCUUAACAGGACAGAGGGGAUGACAUUCCAUCACUGACUGUGGAAUGAGAUCGCUUAGAAAUAACUGAGCAGAGACACCUUCCAGAGAAACAACGCAGUGGCAUUUAUUUAGGGAAAUGGGCGCGCUCCUGUGUUAUUUUGUCAUACUUGAGAGCCAGCUGAGCCUGAAGAGUGACGUUUCACUGGUGAGCUAUCUGAAGAGGGAGCCGGGCUGCGUGCAGUCCCCUGCCCCGGAGAGUGUGUGUGGGGGGCAACCUGCCACUGGAUGUAGAGGAUGUGCCUUAGAGGCCGCCUGCAGCCUCUGCCUGCUCCCCUCCUGCUCACCCUGCACCGCACACCAUGCCCCCAUCGGAAGCCACGCUACUCAGCAGAGCUGAGAGGGUUGCAUGGCUCUGUGCUGUUUGUUGCCAGGGCUGAAAAGGAAGUGGAGACAGCACAGGGUUUUAUUAUCUGAUGAGAUUCAAGAAUGAAAACUUUCAGAAAAAGGGUGACCCUAUGUAUCUCCUUUCCACAGUCUGCUUCUCUAAUAGGGACAGGACAUAAAGGCUAAUAGAUGUGGAAACAAGUGCUAUAGGGAAAGGGUACAGCACAGGCCUCUUUGGAGUAUGGGAAUUUUCGCAAAGAGCUUUUUAUCUUUUUUUAAAAAAUUCUUUAAUGUCUCCCACAUUUAAAAACAGAUGUUCAACAAGGAUUUUCGAUCUUAAUGGGUUUAAUGGCAGGAAAUAUGGAAAGGACGUGUUGCUAAUAUUUUGUCUAACAAUAAAAAAAACAAUGGAAUGCUAGAAGAAGCCAAGCUGAGCUCUCAAACAUGUUUCUAUAACAAUUCAGAAACCCAGGAGAACUUUCAGGCUCAGUGGAUGGCGCCCCACCGAAACAGGAUGUGUUUAACAAGAAAGUGUCAAAUUGGAGGAAACAAACUCAUUUCCUACCCAACUAAAAGGCAUGGAAGGUGAAGCCAUCCCCAGGACGAAGGGUGCUCUCCACACUGCAGCUAGGCCGGUUGGAAGUUCCCCAGGACUAUUCCAGCAACCACCUUCACUCUGUCUGCACAUUUUCUACAGCCUUGCAGCCUGGGAUACAUUUCUACUAUUAGCCUAUUUGGUAGUGUCAAUGGGCAUACGUUAAAUCUUUGGUUCAUGCUAGUUAAAAUCUUGUAUUUCUCUAUUGCGCCGUCAUUAAAAGCAGCAUUAGUGCA